GUGGUGGUGGUGCCGGAGGAAGUGGGAUGGUCAGCAGGCUUGGAAGGAAACAAACCCACCAAUCCAAUCGGAAAACCAGAUCAAACCCACAAUUCUUUUUCUCAAAGGAAGCUGAGCGGUGAGAGAAGGCCAUGAGAGGGGGAGAAUUUGAGAGCAAAAUGUAUGGGCUUACUAGGUCAAGAGGAAGCCUAGUUAGGCCAUGUGAGGAGACACCAUCUGGAACACUUGAUCUAUCAGCUAUUGAUAGAUUGCCUGCCCUAAGAUGCAAUGCUCGAACAUUGCAUGUAUUCGGGCAUGGCCCUGAUGAGGCGGCACGAGUUAUAAGAGAAGGGUUGUCCAGGGCAUUGGUUCCUUACUACCCUCUUGCUGGAAGGCUGAAAGAGUCGAGCCAAGGUCAGCUCCAAAUUGAAUGUCGCGGAGAAGGCGUGUGGCUUGUCGAGGCGUCCGCUGAUUCUACUCUUGAUGCUGUCAAUUACUUGGACGAUGUUGUCUCCAUCCCAUAUGAUCAGCUUCUUCCUGACCAUAUCCCAGAGAAUGAAGGCAUAGACCCGCUUGUGCAAAUGCAGGUGACACAAUUUGCAUGUGGUGGUAUCGUGAUAGGCCUCCUAUUCUGCCACAGCAUAUGUGAUGGCCUAGGAGCCGCACAAUUUCUAAAUGCGGUUGGCGAGCUGGCUAAAGGUGCUGAGCAGCUGAGCACUAUACCAGUGUGGCAAAGGGACUUUCUUCCACCUCCACCCGAACAGGUAAAUGUCACUGCGCUGGUAAACCCACCACCACCGCCACCAAUGCCCAACUACAGGCUAGAACAUGCCAACGUGGAUAUAACUCUCGAUCAAAUCAACCAGCUCAAGCGAGAAUUUGAGCAAUCAACAGGGGGACAGAAAUGCUCUUCUUUCGAAAUCGUGGCUGCCAAAUUCUGGAGCUGUCGAACGCGAGCUAUAAAUUGGAAACAAAAUACUGAACUCACGCUUGUCUUCUUCGCAAAUUGCCGGCAGCUCUUGGACCCUCCCUUGCCAGACGGUUUCUACGGGAACUGCUUCUUCCCAGUGACAAUCACAGCUUGGAGCGAGUCACUCGCUCGGGCAUCAAUCAGCGAGGUUGUGGGAAUAAUCCAAGAAGCAAAGGCUACGCUCCCCACUGAGUUUGCCAAGUACACCAAGGUAUUGAAGGGUGAGUUGGCGAAAGACGGCGACGACCCAUUUGCACCGCCGCUGGGGUACACCACGCUGUUUAUAUCGGAGUGGGGCCGGCUGGGAUUCAACCAAGUGGACUACGGAUGGGGCGCACCAGUCCACAUCGUCCCAAUACAGGGCUCGAGCAUGAUACCGGUUGGCAUAGUGGGAUCCUUGGCUUUGCCCAACAAAGGUGUGCGAUUGAUGACAUGGUGCGUGGAGGAGGCCCAUCGCCAACCUUUCCUCAAUCAGAUGAUGACAGUAAGCCAGGAAUAACAUAAAUAUAUUCUCUGCAAAAGGAUCCAAAAGAACUCAAGUGUUUCUUCUUUCCUUCAGCUACAAAUUAACCUGGAUGAAUAAACAGCGUCAUAUUUUGGGUUGUACUUGUUUUAUUGAACUAGUUCAAGUGAAAAGCAAUAAAUUGAAAUGGUGGUUAUUAUUUUA